CCUCCUUGGGCGACCUCUGCAUCUUGAACGACCAAAAGCUAGUUCUCAGAACUAAACCCAGAAGUAAUCGUCUGGUACAAAAUGAAAGUUAUAGGCGAACUCAAAUUUCGCAGUCUUCUCAUAAUUCUCUUUGCGAUUUCCUCACUCAUCCCCUCCAUCGAUUCAACCAUGGAACUGCCCACUGUUGCGGACCCGGUUCCGACCCCAUGGCCGGUGCAAUUCCACUCGGUCCUCUUCAUGAACAAUUCGAAAGGGGUCCUGCAAAUGGUGGACCUCUGGUACGACUGGCUCAAUAGAAGGAAUUUCAACAUAAUACAGAACCAGCUGGGAAAGCUGCUGUAUGACUUGGAAUGGGGCAAUGGAACUUCCUUCUAUUACACUCUUGACAAGAACCAGGAGUGCCGGACCCUUCAUUUUCCUGUGGGAAUUCUUAGACCAGAUUUUCUUGAGGGGGCUAAGUAUCUGGGCCAGAAAUACAUGGAUGGGUUCCUGUGUAAUGUCUGGGAAAAAGUUGAUUUCAUCUGGUAUUAUGAAGAUGUUGCUACCAAAAGACCUGUUUAUUGGGCUUUCUUCACAGGAAGUGUUGCUCAUGUGAUGACAUUUGAAGUGGGGAAAGUGCUGAAGGACCCUAAUUGGCAAGCCCCUGUCUACUGCUUUAACAAGAAUUCCACACUUUCUCAUUUUGCUGCCCCGAAUUUCGAUGGCAAUCUCAUUAGAGGAGGAGCUAUGCGUUCCUCUGACACGUUCUAGUUGUGUUUAUUUUCUCUAAUAACUUUAUUUUGUGCUGGUGAUGCAAAAUAAAAUGAAAUCCAAUAACUCAAUGAGUACUAUGUGUAGUUUUUAAUCAGCUUUAUGUAUGCAUAUUACCAACCAUGGUCUAUGGGAGGGAGGAAUUGCAAGAAUCAAUAUUUUAGUGGGAAUGCGUUGUAGCUCUUGACUCUUUGUAAUU